UAAAUUACCCUUUAUUCGAAAAAAAAAUGGUCUUUCUUUCUCUCUUUCAUUUGUUUUUUCUCCAUCAAAAGUCAACAUAAAGAACUUCAAAUCAAGCUUUCUCCAUAUUCUUAGUACAACCUAUCUUUUAUUUUUAUAUUUUUUUAUCGUCUUCCAUCUCUAAUCCUCUAUUUUUUCCUCUGUAUUUGAAGUUAUACGAUCAUAGAGCUAAGUUUUAAAAAACCCCAUAUGGUAACCUUUGGUAAUUUAUUUCGAGUUUACUCGCCGGAGACUGGUUUUCCGACCGCCGUGUUACCGGUGGCUUUUUCGCCUUCCGGCCUCUCCCAUUAGAUUUGAUCUUUUUCCCUCUUUCAUUUUAAUAGGUUUUGAGUUGAUGGGGCCGCUCUCUCAGUUUAUGGGUAUGAAUUAAAGAAGGUUUGACUGGUAGAUGAGGCAUAAUAAGAGAGAUAAAAACCUACCAAAAAAAAAAAAAAAAAAACCAAAUCCCGACGCCGGCAAAAGGCUUUUCAAAACUCUAAUCGAUUUUCGGAUUAGUCAAGAUGCCAACGGACUUAGAAAAUUCUUCCAACGCUUCUGCUGAAGUCAGUAUCUCCUCCACUGGCAAUCAGCCACCGCCGCCCAAAUCAGCCGUGAAAAAAAAGCGUAAUUUGCCCGGAAUGCCAGAUCCGGAUGCAGAGGUAAUUGCUCUGUCUCCGAAGACCCUUUUGGCUACAAAUCGAUUUGUGUGUGAAAUUUGCAAUAAAGGGUUUCAAAGAGAUCAAAAUCUGCAACUUCACCGGCGAGGUCAUAAUCUUCCAUGGAAACUCCGGCAACGGACUAGCAAAGAGGUGAUAAAGAAAGUCUAUGUCUGCCCGGAGCCGUCGUGCGUCCACCACCAUCCGUCGAGAGCUCUCGGCGAUCUGACUGGAAUAAAGAAGCACUUCUGUCGGAAGCACGGCGAGAAGAAGUGGAAGUGCGAGAAGUGCUCUAAAAAAUACGCAGUCAAGUCCGAUUGGAAGGCCCAUUCUAAGAUUUGUGGCACCAGAGAGUACAAAUGCGAUUGUGAGACUGUGUUUUCGAGAAGAGAUAGUUUCAUCACUCACAGAGCUUUCUGUGAUGCGUUGACGAAGGAGGCUGCCGGGAGUUUGUCUCCGGUGGCGGCGGAGGAUCCUAAUUUGGAGUCCGAUCCUCAAGUUCAGCCGUCGGGUAGUUCGUCUCCGCCGCCUUCUGCUCCUCCUCUUUCCGCCGCUACCGGUGCCGCCCCAAUAGCCCCUCCUCCAUCCACCGACGCGAUAUCAUCAAUCCCCUCCAUUGAGAAUAAAGCCUCACCGGAAAGUCCUCCGCCGCCGCGAGGAGAGGCACCAGGCAGAACUAUCCUAACUGGAAAUUCCGGCAGCAGCAGCAGCAACGCUACCGUAUUGGCUAGCUUGUUUGCUUCCUCCGCCGCAUCACUGAGCUUACAGCCGCCACAGCCGCCCGCAUUUUGCGACUUAUUACGAGCCAUGGCACGGCCCGAUCGGGCGGCUGAAAUUGCACAACCGUUGGUGUUCGAACCUCUUUCUCUGUGCCUGUCAACCGACACCAAAUCGUCACUUUUCGGAGCGGGAAUCCAAGAGUGCCGCCCAUGUGUGCCGCCUACGCCGCCGGCCAUGUCGGCCACCGGGCUCCUACAGAAGGCCGCUCAAAUGGGGGCUGCAGCGGCGGGCACAUCAGUGUUCCGUGGACUUGGUUUAUCGUCUUCCUCUUCUUCUGCACAACAGGGCAGUUUAUAGUUAGUGGACUGUGGGCGGAAGGCCAGCCCUCCGCCACACCCGGCGGCAGACUCGUCAUUUUGUUGAAAAGAGGCGGCGAUUGUUCAGUCUCUAGGUUAUAGAACAACUAUGAAAUCAAAUCUGUUUUAAAAAAUGGAAUUUUUAAUGUCGUUCGUUUGAAAUUUAAGCUCUCAAGGUCUACCAUUUCGAGUUAGACAAAGUUUUUAAUAAAUGUUUACAUUUUCAAUAUUA